UUCCAGCCGCUCGCCGUCCUUUCCAGACUUGGUCGUCGGAAAGCUUCGGGUUCCUGUCUCCCCUUCCCCUUCCCCUUCCCUUUCCCGGCCCCGGUCCUCCCUCCCUCCCUGCCUCCCUGUUUUUCUACUGCCGCCCGGGGUCCGGGCCAUUUUCUGGACCGGGCGCACUACGGUGCGCGGCCCCGGGGCCCAGUAUAUGACCUGCCGCCUUGCUCCCGCUCGCUUCCCCCGCCCCAUGUGGCUGCGGGGCCGCGGCGGCGCUGCCCACUAUGGCCCGGAAAGCAGUUAGCAGGAAGCGGAAAGCGCCCGCCUCGCCGGGAGCUGGGAGCGACGCUCAGGGCCCACAGUUUGGCUGGGAUCACUCACUUCACAAAAGGAAAAGACUCCCCCCAGUGAAGAGAUCCUUAGUGUACUACCUGAAGAACCGAGAAGUCAGGCUACAGAAUGAAACCAACUACUCUCGAGUGUUGCAUGGUUAUGCAGCACAGCAACUUCCCAGCCUCCUGAAGGAGAGAGAGUUUCACUUGGGGACACUUAAUAAAGUGUUUGCAUCUCAGUGGCUGAAUCAUAGGCAAGUGGUGUGUGGCACAAAAUGCAACACGCUGUUUGUAGUGGAUGUCCAGACAAGCCAGAUCACCAAGAUCCCCAUUCUGAAGGACCGGGAGCCCGGCGGUGUGACACAGCAGGGCUGUGGUAUCCAUGCUAUCGAGCUGAAUCCCUCUAGAACACUGUUAGCCACCGGAGGAGACAACCCCAACAGCCUUGCUAUCUACCGGCUGCCUACACUAGAUCCUGUGUGUGUGGGAGAUGAUGGACACAAGGACUGGAUCUUUUCCAUUGCAUGGAUCAGUGACACUAUGGCGGUAUCUGGCUCACGCGAUGGUUCUAUGGGACUCUGGGAGGUGACAGAUGAUGUGUUAACCAAAAGUGACGCAAGGCACAAUGUGUCACAGGUCCCUGUGUAUGCUCACAUCACUCACAAGGCCUUAAAGGACAUCCCCAAGGAGGACACAAACCCUGACAACUGCAAGGUCCGAGCUCUGGCCUUCAACAACAAGAACAAGGAAUUGGGAGCAGUAUCUCUGGAUGGCUACUUUCAUCUCUGGAAGGCUGAAAAUACACUGUCUAAGCUCCUCUCCACCAAAUUGCCAUAUUGCCGUGAGAAUGUGUGCCUGGCCUAUGGUAGUGAGUGGUCAGUGUAUGCAGUGGGCUCCCAAGCUCAUGUCUCCUUCUUGGAUCCACGGCAACCAUCAUACAACGUCAAGUCUGUCUGCUCCAGGGAGCGAGGCAGUGGUAUCCGGUCAGUGAGCUUCUAUGAGCACAUCAUCACUGUGGGCACAGGGCAGGGCUCCCUGCUAUUCUAUGACAUCCGAGCUCAGAGGUUCCUGGAAGAGAGGCUCUCAGCUUGUUAUGGGUCCAAGCCCAGACUAGCAGGGGAGAAUCUGAAACUAACGACUGGCAGAGGCUGGCUGAAUCAUGACGAAACCUGGAGGAGUUACUUUUCGGACACUGAUUCCUUCCCCAACGCUGUCUACACACACUGCUACGACUCGUCUGGAACGAAGCUCUUCGUGGCAGGAGGACCCCUCCCUUCAGGACUCCAUGGAAACUACGCUGGGCUCUGGAGUUAACGGCAACUAAGUCUCUCCCAGAAUGCACAGAAAUUCACUAACUUCCAUCCUCAGUUUCCAUUUCUUAUUUUGAUUUUUUUCCAGUGGUGUGAGUCCCUCAUAUUUUAGUGGGAAUGCCAGAGUUUACCUAUGGUUUAGGCACUUGACAGGAAGAACCUCUGUACAGAAAUCUAAAGGGUUUUCUCUCUUUUUUUUCCUUUUUUCCCUUUUGGUAAGCAGAAUUUUACUUUACUAUCUUUUUUCUUUCUGGCUUCUCAAUCAGACAUUGUUAAUUCCUGUUUAUAUAUUUUUUUUAAGUGACACACAGUCUCCCCUCUGGCUUCUUUAGGUUGACAUAGUCAUUCUCACCCUUACUUCACUCUUGAGAGGUGGGGCUCCUUUAUAAUUAUAUGGUUGCUGUCAGACUUUCUGUGAAAGUUUGGGGGCUGUGUGUGUGUGUGUGUGUGUGUGUGAGUGUGAGUGAGUGAGAACUUGUGUGCCUGCGAGUACCGUUUGUCACUGAAAUUAUCUGGAGUGAGGAUUACUGUAAUUAAAAUAUUUAUAAAAGAAACAACUAUAUUCACAGAGUCCAGCUUUGGGACUAGUUUUUAUCUUGUUUUGUAAAGUCUAACAACACUGAUUAUAGGAAGUAAAAAUAGAAAGGAAAACAAAUCACCAGUAGGAAACCCUUUGAGUUAGAUUGAAAGCUUCCUGGGGACUCAUGCCAGGACUCCAAAGUAAUCCAUCUCCCACCUGCCUUCCCAUCUGUGUGUCCCCCAGGUGAAAACAUUUCUGUGUAUGUGUCACUUCCACUUCAGUUUCCCAUCUGGUUAAAUCAAUGGCCACUCCCCCCAAAACAUCAGGGUCUCCAUCCAAGAUGCAGCUCUGGAGGCUACAGAAGCCUUGGUAGGACUUCGUAAAAAGAAUCUACAUCCAAACCUCCCUCUCCCUCCUCUCAAAUAAGACCUGAUCUGGUUUCUCAGGGGCCUGGAGCUGGGGGCCUCAAGUCUGCUAAAAUUCACAUACUCGGUCCCCUUGGCUUUGGGGAGAAACUUCUUUGCCCUUCUUCUAAUCUCCCCGAUGGAUUUUGCUUUUGUUUUCUAAAUUGGGUUCAGUUCUGGAGGGUGGGGGUGAACAGGGGAUUUAUCUGUGUGUAGUGAGUGCUUCCUGUGUGUAAUGUUUGUUUUUCUUAGUGCAGUGGAGCCACUCUGUUGGCUCAGCCCUGGGAUGGCGAUGAGGUGGCCUACAGCCAACAGUGGUGUGCAUGUAAAGCAUCUAUGUGAUUAGUAAUUUGUUCCUCCCUCGAACUGUCUGUUUAGUCUGAGGUUUUUAAACUUGCAGGCAACUGACCGUGAUGUCCAGUUACUCCUUGCUUUUUAUGCAUCAUGUUGCAGAUAAUAGCUGUUCCCACCCACAAACUCCUCCACCGUUCUAAACACAUACUCUGCUUCUGUCAGCAGCCCAUUCUGGGGAAAGGAAGUCAUAUUCCUGCACUCUGAUUUCUAAGUUGCUUUCCCAGUUAUCCCCCUCUGCUCUGGGAGUAAGUGGGGAGAUUGAAAAAAAAGAGUGUCUUCUCCUUGGUGAUGGGGGCUGGUGGGGAGGGGAGACAGCAGGUCCACCCUAUCUUGCUGUGGUACAAGGCAUACACCACAGGUUCUAGAAUUCUCAUCUUCUAACCUAGAGAAAUAGGUGCUAUAAAACAGGGAAUUAAGCAAAAUGCUGGAUGCUACAGAUCUUUUAAUUGUCUUAAUUUUUUUCUAUUAUUAAACUACAAGCUGUAGAUUUCUUAGUUCUCACAGAACUCAUUUUAAACCUACUUGUAUAAAAAAAAAAAUCUUAAGUAGGAUGUUUUGUACUGUUGCCAGACCCUCUUCUGUGAUGGGUAAUGCAUUUGAUUGUUUGAGAUUUUGUUUUUAAAAAUGUAGCACUUGACUUUUUGCCAAGUAAAAAAAAUAAAUAAAUCUUAUUCCAAUGCAAAGUUUGAGUAUGUAUAGCCAAGAGACAGCAGGAAAAAGGCCCCAAAUGACUGGUUGGAAGGUCAGCUUGGGGUGGUUGGAUUGCGUGGAGCAGAAGAACACAGGAGUUCCUUCAAGGGUAAAGGCAGGUCAAGGGCAAACACACAAACACUAAGACCUGCUUUUGCUCCUUGUCCCCAGCCCUGGCCCAAGAUCAGUUGCUCUGGAGUCCAGUUGAGAGUGGGUAUGCCCGGGGGAAGUCGUGCGGUACUUGGAGAGAAAAACAGACUGAAGAUGAGGGAGCGUGCUAGUCCUUGCUCUGAAUCACUGUGGAUGUGAGCAACGUGACCAGCUCCUCUAACAUAAACGAGGUUGGCUGGUGUCUGGGAGACAACAAUGUGGAGAGGAAAGGGGAGAAGAGGAACACUCAAUGUUUCUUGCUUUUAGCCACAUCUCAUUUCAUGCUAUUGUGCUGAAAUGUCUGGAAGCUUUGGGAAGGUAGAAACGUGAGCUUCUAAUUCUGGAAUUACUGAUGAAGACGAAAGUUCGGGUUUGUUAGCUUGGUUCUCCUGCCCUCAUUUCAGCUCUUCCAAAGAAUAAUCUAGAGAAACAAAUGUGAGAAAUUUGUUUCUAAACUACCACUAAAGACAGAGGUGUGAACUGGACUCAAGAUGGGACUGUAAACUCAUGAUUCAGCUCUCCAAGACAGGUAUGAGCUGUCCUCUUAAACUCCCCCUGGGUUGAGCCCCAUAUGUGAACACUCUUGAUUAGUGUGUAUUUGCCGAAAUCAGAAUUUUUAAAAGAUAAUAAUACUCAUUAACUGAGCUCAGAGUCACAUGUUUCCUGCGUUUCUCGUUAAGCAGUAUUCAGAGCUGUAAUUAACAUCCCUAGUGCUAAGAACAGGAAGAAAACAAAUGAUCAACUCCCAUCUUAAAGAAAAUAAACUUCCCUUACUCGUAGCUACAUUUUUCUUAGCUGGUGACAGCCUGGACAGAGGACUGGAAAAAAUAAUGCAGCUUCUUUUGUCUCCAGGGUCAAGGCCGUUUGUUGAUGCAUAGAACACUGUGCUGGGUAUGUUGGCCUGAGGAGUGUACGUUUGGGCCGUGUAAUGUGUUGCUUGCCCAAGAAACAUCCUUAACCACCACCACUGCAGCUCUCUGCCCCCAGACCCUUCUGCUAGAAACACAGAAUUAUUGUGCCAAUCACCAUGCUUAAGUUCCCACCAUUAGCCCUUUCUUUUUUCUUGAGGAAGGGGGAAGUUAUAUUACCUAAUUAAAGAUACUAAAAAAAAAAAAGAGAGUUUCCUGGCAGUCCAGUGGUUAAGACUCUGCACUCCCAGUGCAGGGAGCCCAGGGGUUCAAUCCCUGGAUCCCUGGUUGGGGAACCAGCAUGCCGCACGGCACGCCCCCCCCCCAAAAAAGAUCUAUUGCUCUUCCCUGGAGGAGGUAAAUUCAUGCCACCCCCAAAUGCCAAUUGCGCAAGGUAAGUGUGGACUGAAGGGGGAGGAUAUGGGCUCAGUUAUAGAUCUACUGCUGCUGCUCAUGAGCAUGACUUUAAGCAAGUCUUUUCCCCUCUGGACAUCAUUUUUCUUUUUAAUUUUUUACGAUGAGGACAGGAGUUCAAAUUAGACAUUAGAUUUCCUGGAUCCACAACAACUAUUCUAGUGGUGCAGGGAAGGCUAAGAAGAAUAAGCAGUGAUCCUCAAGCAGUUUGUCCUCAAAGCAGGUAAAUAUAGCAGGUUUGUUAAAUGAAUCUUAUUUUCCUAACGGUUUCCAGUAAAACAUUGGGAAUUGUAGGUUGAAUAGUGUCGCCGCAAAAUUCAAGUCUACCAGAAGAACCUCAGUGUGACUUUAAUUGGAAAUAAGGUCUUUGCAGAUGUAAUUAGGGGAAGGAUUAAGAUGGGCUCAUACUGUGUUAGGCUAGGCCCUAACUCCUAGCCUAAUGAGAGUGUCCUUAUGAGACAGAAAAGGAUGUACAGGGACACACAGAGAAGAUGACCUGAAGACAGGAGGAGAUUGGAGUGAUGCAUUUAUAAGCCAAAGAAUGCCAGGAGCCACCAGAAGAAGCUGGAAGAGUCAAGGAAAGAGUCUCCCUUAGAGCCUUGCGAAGGAUUGUGGCCCUGUUGACACCUUGAUUUUGGAUUUCUGGCCUCCAAAACUGUGAGAGAAUGAAUUUCUGUUGUUUUAAAACCACCAAGUUUGUGGUAAUUUGUUUCAGCAGCCCUAGCAAAUUAAUACAGGAGUAGUCUAAGGAAUUUUCAGAUACCAAUUUUUAUGAAAUCACAUUUGAGAUUUAAGAAAAACUUUUUUCUUUUAUGAUGAUACAAAGAGGAAAUGUACUUAUAUAGUAGUGCUAAGACUUGUAAACGCAAAAAU